AUGGCACCCGUAGCUCUGAGAAAGCUGACGUCUAUGCAGGCGGCCCGCGAGGCUGAAAUAAAAAGCAUCCACGAGCGAUUGAUCGCGAAGCCACGUGAGUCACUUACGAGAGACAUUGUGAAGGCCCGACUCGAUGCCAUCAAGGAGGUAUGGACUGAGGCGCGAAAAACCAACGCGGAUAUAGUCAUUCGAGACGAUGUUGAGGCGGACGCGUACAUCACGGAUAAAUGGUUCGAGCGUAUGCAGGGCGUGUAUGAGGGUGCUUUGGACGAGAUGCUUAUGAUGCUUGCCCCUUUCGAAAAGGACGCUGAUAGCAGCAUUUCAGAUGCGGGCUCUGAGUCGCGUGUCGCGAGGCUGCCUCGACUACCGCUGCCUACCUUUUCGGGCGCAUACGAAGAAUGGGCGAGCUUCUGCGAUUUAUUCACUUCGCUGGUGCAUAAUGACUCCCGCUUAUCAGACGCCACGAAGCUUCAAUACUUGAAGUUGUGCUUGACGGGCGGGGCCGCGGAGCUCAUCAGGGACGUGUCGACAACGAACGCGAAUUACGUGGGUACAUGGAAAGCGUUGAGGACUCGGUACAAUAACCCGCGCUUAAUAGUCAACAAGCUACUUAGGUCAUUCAUGGAGAUUCCGAGUAUGAGAGUAGAGUCGGCGACUGCCAUGCGAGCGUUCGUGGAUGAAUCGCAGCGUAUUGUUCGGGCUUUGGAAAACUUACAAUUGCCAGUCAGGCACUGGGACGUGUGGCUAGUAUUUUUGCUGGCUGAUCGGUUGGAUGCGGAGUCACGAAAAUUGUGGGAGGCCGAGCUCAGCGCUAGAGAUUUGGAGGAUAGCGCAGACGGGAGCCCUGACGGGCCGGAUGCCCUUAAUUCUCAGCCGAAGUAUUCUGAUUUAGUUCGAUUUUUGGAAAAGAGAGCCCAGGCUCUUGGCAUGAUUUCGACGGAUAGAAAGGCGGAAAAGAGACCGGUGUCUGGCUCGGCACCGGCACAGGCUCGGAAAGUUUUUCACGCGGGCGCGACUCAGCAAUCUGCUUCUUCGAGGUGCCUCUUGUGCUCGGGAGCGCACCCACUGUGGAAGUGCACUAAAAUGAAGGAGAAGGCUCCGCAUGACCGAUACUCGACGGCGCGUCGGCUACAGGCCUGCUUUAAUUGCCUCGGGUCGCAUAAGGCUAACGCGUGCCCUUCUUCGGGGCGUUGUACCAGUUGCGGAGGCAAGCACCACUCGAUGCUUCACCUCAAGCCUCCAGGAAAAUCUGAACGGCAGAACUCGAGUGGUUCACAGCAGCAGGGAUCGGGCGGCGGUCAGGGCGUGGGGUCCAGGGUCGGCGCGGCUGCUGUAGCGUUGCAUGCGUCCGCGAUUGCGACGUUGAGUCGCGGAGUCCUUUUGGCUACUGCUCGAGUGACGGUGGUGGGUCCAGCUGGAGAUAGCACCGUCGUUUGCGCCCUUUUGGAUCAGGGCUCCGAGGCGUCCUUCGUAUCAGAGUCGGUCGUGCAGUUGUUAGGCCUUUCGAAGGAGCGUGUUUGUGUCGCUUUGAGCGGCCUGGGCACCAGUUCGGUGGGUAUUGCGCGUGCGACCACGGAACUUGUUUUGAAAUCAUCGACCGAUGAGGGCUUCGCGAUUCGGACAAGCGCGUUUGUCCUCCCUCGUCUCACUACGCAGCUCCCGGCAAAGAAUAUCACUGAUUUAGACUUGAGACGCUUCACCGGGUUUAAGCUCGCUGAUCCGGAAUUUUUCAUUUCAAAGAAAAUCGACCUCAUUCUGGGUGCCGAUGUUUAUGGGCAGUUGCUCCGACCGGGCUUGGAAAGAUUGGUUCCUUCACGGAUCGUCAUGCAAAAUACGGCAUUUGGAUGGAUUGUCUCGGGUGGGUUGCAUGAGGAGCGCUCACGGCGGGCGGAGCAAGCUGACUCUCGAGUGUAUGUACAGGCGCUGCACUGCGCUGCGUCGGAUGAGUUGGAACGGUCACUAAAGCGAUUUUGGGAGCUCGAGGACUUACCGGUGACGCAGGUUAAAAUGAAGCUCGAGGACGAGGCUUGCGAGAAAAUAUUCAAAGAGACGCAUGGGCGCGACGCGGAUGGAAGAUAUGUCGUGCGGCUGCCAUGGAAGGCAGAUUUACCGUCUGGAGCGGCUGAAACAAGGCGGAUGGCCGUUGGCUCCCUUUCUUCCAUGUACCGUCGGUUUGCGCGCGAUCCCCAAUUGGCGCAUAGUUAUCAACAAUUCAUGACGGAUUAUGAGCGACUGGGCCAUAUGACACGGGUUCCGGACUCUGAGGUGCGCGAGGAUAAAGCGUGGUAUUUGCCUCACCAUGCCGUGGUGCAGUCAACGACGGCUGAUUGGAAGCUGAGGGUAGUCUUCGACGCAUCGCGGCGAACUCGGGAUGGCCUUUGCCUUAACGGAUUUCUGCACACGGGUGCUCCACUCCAACGAGACCUCUCGCUAGUUUUACUCAAUUGGCGGCGUUAUUUGUACGUGUUUACCGCGGAUAUAGUUAAAAUGUUUCGACAGAUCCGCGUGAAGCCGGAGGACCAGGAUCGACAGAGAAUUGUGUGGGCGCCUAACCCGGACUCUGUCCCACGAGAUUACCGCUUAACUACGGUCACGUACGGCACGGCAUGCGCGCCCUUUUUGGCGAUACGAACUCUGUUACAAUUGACCGAGGAUGAGGGCUCGCGGUUUCCGCUGGGAGCGGCAUGUCUCAGCACUGAAACAUACGUCGACGACACGUUCGCCGGGGCCGAUGAACUGACGGACGCGCUGCAAAAAAGGAACGAGCUCGUUAAGCUGCUGGGUUGCGCCGGGAUAUCACUAGAUAAAUGGGCCGCAAAUCACCCAGAGCUUAUCCCUCCUCGACUAGCGCAGGAGGACGUAAAACAAAUCGACGAGGACCAGUCAGUAAAAACACUCGGCGUGCAUUGGAGUCCUGCUCACGAUCAAUUUAGAUUUAGUUGUAGAGACGUCGCAGAAUUGUCAGCUGCCUCCACGAAGCGGACGGUUCUCUCAAACAUUGCUCGACUAUUCGAUCCGCUUGGCUGGCUGUCCCCGGUGACAGUAGGAGCGAAAAUCUUAAUGCAGGAUCUGUGGAUUCAAAAAUGCGAUUGGGAUUCUCCUCUACCGGCGGAGAUUCGCGAGCGUUGGUACGAAUACUGCAAGUCAUUGGCCAAUCUGCCGUCGCUGGCAGUCGACAGAUGGUUGGGCGUUGCAGGUAAUUGCUCAUUACAAAUUCACGGAUUCUCUGACGCGUCAUCGCGGGCCUUCGCGGCCGCCGUAUAUCUGCGCGUGGAUGGAGGGGACCGACAUAUUAAGGUGUCACUGUUAGCCGCAAAGACGAAGGUCGCUCCGGUAAAGACCGUCAGUAUACCGAACUUAGAGCUUUGCGGCGCCGCUCUGCUUGUUAGGUUGAUUGGCCACUUGAUGAAACUGGACUUUCUUAAAACAGCUCCGGUCUUCGCUUGGUCCGACAGCCAGAUUGUGCUUAUGUGGCUGCGCAGGCACCCCUGUUCUUGGAAAACCUUUGUUGCAAAUAGGGUGUCGUUCAUCCAGACGGAGUUGCCCUCUGCAACUUGGAGGCACGUGCCGACAAAGGAAAAUCCGGCUGACUUGGCGACACGAGGAGCCGAUCCUAUAGAGUUGGCGGAGAAUGGGCAGUGGUGGCACGGGCCUCGAUGGCUCGCUGAGGCUCCGGAGCAGUGGCCGGAGGCAGCGGAAAGUCGCCGAGUCGCUCACGUUCGUCAGUUGCCGUCCGAGUCGGAUUUGUUGACGAGAUUUUCUUCGCUGACCCGUUUAAUUCGCGUAGUCGCAUACUGCAGGCGUCCAAUGCUCAUACUGCGUGGGCGUAAAAAGAAGAUGGAGCCAUUCCCACCGUUUCUUACGGCAUCCGAGUUGGCGGAUUCGCGUAAAAGUGUCAUCAAACUAUCACAGGAUAGUAGCUUCGCCGGAUCGGCUCCUCGUGUCGCCAAGUCAGCCGGAUUUUCCUUUGUCGGCACGUGCCUCCAAGUUGCAGAGGGCAACUCCGUCUGGAUGAACGACACCCUAUUUGCAACAAAGGUUUUCCAAGAACAGGGGUGCCUGCGCAGCCACAUAAGCACAAUCUGGCUGUCGGACCAAGCGAAGACCGGAGCUGUUUUAAGAAAGUCCAGUUUCAUCAAGUGGCCAAUCAACCUAACAAGCAGAGCGGCGCCGCAAAGCUCUAAGUUCGGUAUACUGACGGUCUUUACCGGAGCGACCUUCGUCUUUGCGGCUAACAGUGACNGGCACUGGGACGUGUGGCUAGUAUUUUUGCUGGCUGAUCGGUUGGAUGCGAAGUCACGAAAAUUGUGGGAGGCCAAGCUCAGCGCUAGAGAUUUGGAGGAUAGCGCAGACGGGAGCCCUGACGGGCCGGAUGCCCUUAAUUCUCAGCCGAAGUAUUCUGAUUUAGUUCGAUUUUUGGAAAAGAGAGCCCAGGCUCUUGGCAUGAUUUCGACGGAUAGAAAGGCGGAAAAGAGACCGGUGUCUGGCUCGGCACCGGCGCAGGCUCGGAAAGUUUUUCACGCGGGCGCGACUCAGCAAUCUGCUUCUUCGAGGUGCCUCUUGUGCUCGGGAGCGCACCCAAUGUGGAAGUGCACUAAAAUGAAGGAAAAGGCUCCGCAUGACCGAUACUCGACGGCGCGUUGGCUACAGGCCUGCUUUAAUUGCCUCGGGUCGCAUAAGGCUAACGCGUGCCCUUCUUCGGGGCGUUGUACCAGUUGCGGAGGCAAGCACCACUCGAUGCUUCACCUCAAGCCUCCAGGAAAAUCUGAACGGCAGAACUCGAGUGGUUCACAGCAGCAGGGAUCGGGCGGCAAUCAGGGCGUGGGGUCCAGGGUCGGCGCGGCUGCUGUAGCGCUGCAUGCGUCCGCGAUUGCGACGUUGAGUCGCGGAGUCCUUUUGGCUACUGCUCCAGUGACGGUGGUGGGCCCAGCUGGAGAUAGCACCGUU